AUGUUUCAUAACAAUGUUGCUGACCAUAAGCUGAAGGUGGAAGCCAUAAUUAAAAAUAUUAAUACAAUUUCUUUGGAGUUGAAGAGGAUGAAAGAUUUGCAUCGCAUGCACAUGCCUGUAGCAACCCUGGCCAAGGAGAAUGGAAAUCCCAAGACCAGUUCGGACCAGUCAGAACUUACUGCUGAGGUGGAGGAGAGGAGCACCUCAGAUGAAAUACAAUUAUGCAACCAAGAAGAAAAGAGGAAUGUUAAACGCUCCCAGUUACUGCUUUGUGACCUCACUCUACAGUUUAAUCAUCCUUUGAAGGCAGAGGACUCACAGGAAACCGAAAGAAAUAAUACCCUCUUUGAAGAAUCUAAAAUGACAGGUGUAUCCCCUUCUCCUAACAGUUUUUCCAUGUGAUUUCUUAUUAAGUUCUAUUUUUACUGUUUAAUUAAGUAUCUGGGAGUACUGAGUUUACUAAUCUAAUUAAAAACAGAAUAAAAAUAAUGUGAAAUUACAAAUAA